GGCUUUCUGUUUUAGUGACGUCAUUACGCUUGUGACAGCGUCAUCGGCCUCUGGAGAAGCUAACAGGCAGUGCCAGCAUGGCGUUCACUUUAUAUUCUUUGAUUCAGGCAGCGAUUUUAUGUGUUAAUGCAGUAGCAGUCCUUCAUGAAGAGAGAUUUCUCAGCAAAAUUGGUUGGGGAGCAGAUCAUGGAAUUGGAGGAUUUGGUGAUGAACCAGGAAUUAAAUCGCAACUUGUAAAUCUCAUUCGCUCUGUUCGAACAGUCAUGAGAGUGCCUUUAAUAGCAGUGAACUCGGUGACCAUUGUAUUGCUGUUGCUGUUUGGCUGAAGAAAGAAGAGAAGAUGCUAAGAUUUUUGUAACAUGGACUAUUACAACAUUUUUGAAAAUUCCCGCUCUCUAAAUGGUGAUAAGUAAAGGUAGACCCAAUAUAUUUUUUCUGAAAUCCCAAACACACGUUUGUUUUAAUAUGUUUAUGGAAUCAUUGUUACCAAACACAUUGUAUGAACUGUUGCAUAGCUUCAAAGUCAGCUGUAUAUUUUAUUUUUUACUGCUAAGAAACAAAAUUUGGUUUAUCAAUACAUCCUUAACUGGAAUCGGGGAAAGUGCUGCUGUGGUGAGCUAAAAGAAAUAAAUGCUAACAGACAAGGCACUAAGAGUAAGCAUUUUGUGUUUUGCCAGUGUGUUCAUUUAAGCAAGAGGUAGCUUAGAUACUUAUUUUAAAUUAAACACAUUUCAAAUACCUUUUCAAGCAGUGUGUUUCUAUUUUUCAGCAAGUGAUCAGGAAUAUUAACAUGUAAACGGUUUCAGAUAGACCUGAGAAUUGCUAAAGACAAUAUUAUUCAAUAUUCACAUGAUACUUGGGUCACAAUGCAAUGUUAUUAUAUUUUACAGUAUUCAAGGUUGUUAAUUAAGGUUUGUCAGUAUAAUAUAAUUCGGUUGAAUAUUUCCUUUUUUUUAUUCAACUGAAUCAGAAAUUAAAAUUAUAUUCCUACAGGUAAAUAUGUGUCUGUCCAUUUACACUGCUAAAGGUCACUUUUGGUGGUUGACGGACCUCUUGGUUUUCGUUUUUUGUAAGUAAAGCUCCUUUUUUCCCCGAGGUGAAUGGGAAAUGUGAAAUUAAACACCGAGCUUUUUGCAUCAACACUUCUGCAACAGCAACAAUAAUAUUAGUGAUUUCCAUCUCUUUUUUUUAUUAAAGAAAAAAAUUGUUCUCUGGCUGUUUCUCUUCCCUCAACAGAAAAUAAAAAAAAUUCAGUGCACCAUCUCAGUGACGUUAAGAUGUACUGUAAUGAGGUUUGUUAUGGAAGUACAAAGAAGAAUAAAAAUAAACCUUAAAGUGCAAUGAAAUUCUGAUAUAUGUUGAUGUAUCAAUAAAAUAUUGACCAAAAGUAAUUCACUAUUAUACUGUUUGUAACUUUCUUCCCCUAGCGCUACCAUUAGAGUUCUCCUGCAUACAGCAUCCUGCAGAAAAAUAACAACUCAAACAGUGCGUUUCUGUCACUGUGGUGAACUUUCAAGUUAGUCUCCAAAAAAAAAAUGUCGUAUUAUCACUUUUGUGCUUGCAUCCCUUUUUUUAACUGUCUCUUAUAUGAGGGUAAAUUAAAAAGUAAAGGCAAUUUGAAAAUUAUUCAGUAUCCUCAAUGGGUAGAAGUUGGUGCAGUACAGCACAAUCACAGUGGCUUAUGGGUAGUCUGAACACGCACAGUGCAGCACUCUGCUCUUCGUGUAGUUGAAGCCAACAUCAAAUGAACAUGGAUGCUUUGCUCUGGGAUUACACCGUUGUUGAUCAACACCCCGCAAUGAGAUUUCUUUGGGCAGAGGGAAUGAAACCUGAUGAAAUUCACCAAAGGAUGUUGGCGCAGUAGAGAAGUGAAGACAGCAGUGACUUGGCGAAAAAAAGUAUAUGAUUAGGUAGAAAGGUUUAAAAUGGGAAGAACAAGUGUAACCGAUGAAGCCCAAUCUGGUUGACCCCUCAGCCCAAAUCGAUAUGGCAAAAAAGACCGAUGGAUUACAUUGUCCGCUUUUGCUGCACAUCUGGAUGUUAGCAGUGGAUCUGCACAUGCCAUAAUGCGUGAUGACUUGGGGUACCGUAAAGUCUGCACAAGAUGGGCACCCAAACAGCUCACUGAUCAGCACGAGCCAACAUUGUUCAGUGAAUUUCUGUAGGAUUCACUUCCCCUGUCCAUAGCAAUCUCACUACGGUGUGUGUGGUUCAACGAUGGCAAAAUCCUGCAGCAGAACGUCCAUGUUUGUUUGACUUUGGCUUCAAGUAGAGAAACAGAGUGCUAUGCUAUGCAUAUUCAAAGUACCCAUAAGCCAUAGCUAAGGUGUUUUAUUUCAUCAGUUUCUAUCUGCUGCAGUUACGACCUAAUUUUCAAAUUCUGGCUGGGUGUAGGGGAUCAAAUACUUGUUUCUCACAAUGACUUGCAAAUCAAUUUAUAACUUUUAUGGAAUGUGUUUUUUUUCUGGAUUUUUGGUUGAUAUUCUGUCUCUCUUCAUUAAAAUGAAACUACCAUAAAAAUUAGGGACACAUUCAUUAGGGGAUCAAACACUUAUUUCUCCCACUGUAUGUAAAAACUUCUGCUGAAGGGGGCAAUGCCAGCUUCUGAGGCCCCUGUAGACCAUUACAUCUAUUGAUAUUUUUGUUGAAUAAAUGAUUGAAAAG